GAGCCGGUCCGAGUCGAACUUCCAAAAGCUCUGUUUUCACCGGAAAGACACAAAUACCGCUACCUACCAGGACUUCUUGCCUCCUGCAAGCAAGCCCGCGAUGAAGGCCGCCAGAUGUUCCUCGCAUCCAACACCUUUCAGCUCGAGACGCCAUCGAGACCAGCGAGUGUGUGUACCCCACCCAACCUCGACGAAGGAGUCCGCCUGCGGGCUUUCCUCCACCACCUGGACCGCGCCGGCUUGCCACCACCUGCGAGUCUGGUCAUUCGCAUUCGACGCUCAUACUCAGGUGUCUCCGUUCGAGAUUCCCCCUUGCCUUACGGCAGGGAGAUGCCGCAACAGCUUCGCGAAGUCAUUGUCCUUACUGCCCACGCCGGCAUACCAAAUGUGGUAUGUCGCUUGGAGACCUCGUUUGGCUUCUCCGCUGUGCGGACAGCGGACAUCUCCAUGGGAGAUUUUCGUCGGUCGGCUCGAAGCGAGAUAGAGAGACUUGAACAAGAGUCGAAAUCGGACCACUUUCCACGUACACCCUGUGGCAUGGCGAUGUUGUAUAUGUGGACAACUCUGUCUCACAUCGAGAAUAUGCCUGGGGUCCAGAUCCCCCCGCGGGCACCGGCAAAAUCGGGCUAAACUCAGCACCGGACGGACGGGGUGGACAUUGCAAUGGCUCCCUGCAAGCUGUGCGACCAAGUAUCGAUGGUGACGCUCGCUUAAUCCCGAAAGCACUCCCCCAAUUGCUGCCGAUGAUGAGAGACUACAGACGGAAUCAGAUGAAGAAGGAGUAAUAUAUGCGAUUUUCACGAGGCUUUGCAGUUAACGGUCUACAUGUAGCUUGUUCUUGGUAAUUUCACAAAGAGAUGUGUCCC